AUGGCCCUGCAAAAUUUGCUUGCAUUCUUGAUGGUGACGCCCCUGGCGGCGUCUGGGACAACCAAUAGGUUAUCCCCAUUCGUGACUACAAGAGCCAGAAAAGAGGAAAAGAUGCUCGAAGAACUCACAGAACUGCAGGGCUCUUCUGCUCCCGGUGCUAGCCUUACACCCGAGAGAAAGUGGUUUGCCUUGAUGGAUACCUUGACAUUGUCCCGGCACAGAGCACUUCAGCCCACCGACACAUUGCUUGCAAUUGAAGCGAAAAUCAUGAGAAGAUGGGAAUUCGACAGUAUUGCACAAGCUGCAGCAAGCACAAGUACAUGGUUUUCGGGGACAGUGAGCGAGCAUAUAGUCUUAAAAAAGCAUCUGGAUGCCUCUAUAGGGGAAGUCUAUCAUGAUGUUCUAGAAAGCCUACCAAUGAUUACUGAGGAUGAUAUGGAUGACGUACCGAAUGAAGCCAGGAACGACUCUCCUAGUUGCACCUCAUGUUCGAAUACAGAGACAACUGAAAAUAAACAAUGGCAGGAAUGUGAAGAACCAAUUGAGACAACUGUUUACAAGAAUGUUUUGAUUUUGUUCCGAUUCAAUGAUCCGGAGCUACCCUUUAAAUUGAAGGACAUAAUAAUGUCAGAAUUGUGGCUACUUACACUACUUGAGGCAGGACUUCCUCCUUGGGCUAUAUUCCUGCAGUCUUACCCUGGAUUCUCGAGACUUUAUCGUCCAUGGAUGUGCCCGCUGGCACGAGCUUUGUACGUGCUCAUCUCAUUCGUCACAGUUGCCAUUGGCUUCUAUGACCUGUACAAAAACAUACCACUUCUUAAAGCAACAGCUUCCCAUUUAUCUGGACCUCUUUUCGAUUGGAUAGAAGCAUGGGAAAUGGUUUCGAGGAUCCAGUAUUUGGGAACUAUGCUGUUUCUACAUAACUUUCAGAAAGCUGUGAAAUGCUUUCUUGUGGUGGCACGGACCAUCUUCUCAUUCCUUUCUGUCUUUAUUCUCCCCAUGGCGCGACCAUUUAUCCGAAUAUUGGAAUUCUUCCUUCCUCUUGUGAGCAUGCUUAUGGACAUAGCAUAG